GGAAAAAUUCAUAACCUGUCCAUACACUAACUUCGUCACGAUUCAAAAUGGCGUGUCAUCGACGAACGAAAAACGUAGACAAGUUCGCGAUUUUAACAUUGUGCUAAGUUCGUCGUUAGUGUAAGUACUUAUAUUUGGUGAAUUUAUUUCUCUUGCCAGGAAAGCAAGAAACUGAAAAAGGUUAUGAAACUGUCUUCGUGUGCGUCGCUCUAGGAAGUUCGGUAGUAUAUUCGUAGUCGAGGUACGGAUUUAAUAAUGCAGGAAAUCGUCCUAGCAGCCUUCUCCGUGAUAUCGAGUCUCCUCAUAGUAUUUGGCCUGGUGCUGCUAGGUUGGUAUUUAGUUUGGAAGUUUUUCCUUUCACGAUUCCGCUUUGUCCGAGAAUUAUUGGGUGGAAUGAGCGAAUCUUCAUCCGUCAAUGAUUUAAAGAAUGGUAGAUCACGUAUAAAGAAAAUUCGCAGAGAUUGAAGCUUUACUUAAACAUUUAAGAAGAAAAAAUUAGGGUACCUAUAAGAGAACAUUUAAUUAGAGGAGUGUGUUGUUUGUGUGUCUGUAACAUUCUAAUUUACAAAGAUGUCUAUAAAUAUACGCUGUGCAACAACGGAUGACUUGUUAAACAUACAGCAUUGUAAUUUGCAAUGUUUGCCGGAAAAUUAUCAGAUGAAGUAUUAUUUGUACCAUGCUCUUUCUUGGCCACAAUUGAGCUACGUGGCAGAAGAUGAAAAAGGCAGAAUAGUGGGUUAUGUCCUUGCCAAAAUGGAAGAGGACUGUGAAGACAACCCUCAUGGUCACAUUACCAGUUUGGCAGUGAAACGAUCUCACAGAAGACUUGGCAUUGCACAGAAAUUAAUGAACCAAGCCUCCAGGGCAAUGGUAGAAUGUUUUGGAGCAAAAUAUGUGUCGUUACAUGUACGUAGAAGUAAUCGAGCAGCUUUAAAUUUAUAUACAAGCAGUUUGCAGUUUGAGGUAUCAGAAGUGGAACCCAAAUAUUAUGCAGAUGGAGAAGAUGCUUAUGCCAUGAAACGAGAUCUCAGUAGUUUUCAUAUUGAAAAGAAUGCUGCAAAAGAAAAAAUGAAUAAGGAUGGUAAUACGCACACUCAUACUGGCAGGUGCUGCGAUCGUUAAUAGUUGGUUUUAGAUAUUCAUACAAUAAUUAGACUUGAAAUUAUUUUUUGCAUUAUUAGUUCCGUACUAUUUGGAUCUAAAUUUGUGUCAUUUAUGCAUAUUUUUUAUAAGUAACUAUGCAUGGAAAAUAUGUGAAAAAUACUAAAAGUCAAGCAUAAUGGCUUGAAUGUUUGACCUGUACAUUAUCACAAGAACUUUACAAAUACUGGAUAGAGUAUUUGUAUCUAUUCAAGCCUUACCUGAGACAUAUGAAAUAUUCUAUAUGCCACUAAGAAGGGGUGUACUUGUUGAUACUUACACAGGGAUUAGAUGAGAGACAUCUAAACUAUUGUAUGUACUUUCAUGCAAAUUAAGUUAAAUGUUUCUAAUAAAUGUAUCAUUGCGUGUAGUUAAUUGAUAUACCAUGUUAUUUAGAACCCUCAAAUCUUAAUAAAAUUGUAAUGCUAAACAGAGAAAAAGGUAUAAUUUAUAUAGUUUUCAUCUGUAUAUUUAAUUAAUCUUUAUUGAACCAUUGAAACUAUAAUAUACAAAUAACGCACCAGUAUACAAAAUUAUCACCCAGAUGUCACCAAGCAAAUCAAGUGCAAGAUGAUACCAACUUUUCAACAGAAAAAAAUUUUAUACCCGAAAAUUUGCGUCCACGUUAUGUAAAACAAAUCUGAUUCGUUUGCACUAUUUGUAAAUACUUUUCGCACUUCCUUGAGUAUAAUUCAAUGCUUAGAAGUUAAGAUUUGAUAUUGCACGAUUUUUCAAAUGCUUUCUUUACCUGCUGCGUCGAUAUAUUAUUGUAUUUAUGUCUACAUUGUAUAGGAAUAAUUGUAUAAUACAUUAUAUUGUAAUAUACUUAUGUACAUAUUAAACGCCCUUAAAGUGA